GCGUGAUGGAGAUAUUUGGUUCGAUAAAAAUUGGGAAGAUUUUGCUAAGUUUUUAGAAGUUGGAUAUUUCUUAAUUUUUAAAUAUAUAUGUGGAUCAUAUUUCAAAGUUAAGAUAUUUAAUCUAAGUUGUUUAGAAAUAAACUAUUCUAGCAUAAAAUGCAUAGAUGAUGUUGGUGAAAGAAAAGAGGAAAUGAAAGAAAUUUUUGAGUUGAGUGAUGAUAGUCAAGAACAUGCACAAACUGAAAGUAGAAAAAAUGGCAAAAGAAAAAGAAAAGUUAAUACAGAUUUAGAGACUACACCACCAAAAUUUUCAGGUAGAAACAUAAAAGGUAAUAAUGAGAGAGAUAAUAUUGAGAAUCCAUAUUUUAAAGUUACAUUAACACCAUGUUACGCAGGAGGCUAUACUAUGAGGGUACCAAUAGAAUUUUCGAGAAAAUAUUUGAAAGGAUUUAAAGGAAAAGCAAUUUUACAAGUUGGGGAGGACAUGGCUAUGGAAGUGAUCAUCAAGUAUAUGACUACAGGAUCUAUUAUGAAAAGUGGUUGGAAGAAAUUUACAGAAAAGUAUAAUUUACAAGUUGGUGAUGUUUGUAAAUUUGUAAUGACUCGAGAUCAACCACUUUUAUUUUCUGUUACUAUUACACGAGUUAGAAAGGAAAAAAAAACUAAGAAAUUUUCAGGUAUUUUUUUUUUGUUUUGUUUCAUAUUAGUUAAAACAUUUUUGAAUUGAUAUUCUAUAAAAUCGUUGAACUUCUUAAUUUUUUUUUAUUCAUGAAUGAUUAUUAAGGUGUCUCUUCUAGUGAUAAUACAAUUUUUAAGAGA